CCUGGUCCUCAUCUUUAACCUUUCACUCGUCCCUUCUCUUCACUCUCGCUUGCUUCCCUUCCCUCCGAGCGCUCAUGGCCUCAGCUUCACGCUCCAGCCCUCCGGACGGAGGCUGGGGCUGGGUGGUGGUGUUCGGCUCCUUCGUCUCCAUCGGCUUCUCCUACGCUUUUCCCAAAGCCCUCACCAUGUACUUCAAGGAGAUCCAGCGCCACUUCGGCGUGUCCUACAGCCAGAUCGCCUGGGUUUCCUCCAUCAUGCUGGCUGUUAUGUAUGCAGGAGGUCCAGUGAGCAGUGUGUUGGUGAACCGCUAUGGCAGCAGGCCUGUGGUUAUCACAGGAGGCCUCAUGUGCAGUGUGUCGAUGGUGGCGGCUUCGUUCAGCAGCACCAUCACACACUUGUACUUCUGUGUCGGGAUCAUUGGAGGUCUCGGACUUUCUUUCAACCUUCAGCCGUCCCUGACUAUAAUUGGGAAGUACUUCCAGGUCAGGAGGCCCAUCGCCAAUGGCCUAGCCAUGGCAGGAAGUCCAGUUUUCCUCUGCACGCUGGCACCACUGAACCAGUUCCUGUUUGAUCAUUUUGGUUGGAGGGGAAGCUUCUUUAUCCUUGGGGCCAUGCUGCUGAACUGCUGUGUGGCCGGAUCACUAAUGAGACCUCUGAAUGACGUAGGUGGCCCUCAUAGACCUGAGACAAAUGGAGCCAUGAAGCCAAAAUCUUGUGAAAAUGGAACCCAGGUGCAAACCAAAGCAAAGAGGAGCUGCUUGGAUAGUGUCAGCUGCUUCAUGGACCUGUCUCUCUUCCGGCACCGUGGUUUUAUUAUCUACCUAAUAGGAAACAUGCUAAUGUUCUUUGGCUUUUUUGCCCCAAUGAUCUUCCUGGCACCGUAUGCCAAGCACCGUGGCAUGGACGAGUACUCGGCUGCCAGCUUGCUCUCUGCACUGGCGCUCGUGGACAUGUUUGCCCGGCCAGGCACAGGUCUGCUCGCCAAUACCCCCCAUGUGAGGCCAAGGGUCCAGUACCUCUUCAGCUUCGCCAUUACCUACAAUGGUGUGUGCCACCUGCUGUGCCCACUGGCUUCCGGUUACUGGGGGUUGGUGGUGUAUGCAGUGUGUUAUGGUGUGGUGUAUGGCAUGGUGUGCGCCCUGCUCUUCGAGUGCCUCAUGGAUGUGGUAGGAACAAGCAGGUUCUCCAGUGCUGUGGGACUCGUCACGAUCUUCGAGUGCUGCCCGGUUCUGCUUGGACCACCCAUUGCAGGUGCACUAGUAGACAUGUUUGGCGACUACAGCUACAUGUUCUACAUGUGUGGUGCUGUGAUGCUCACCUCUGGCCUUUUCCUCUUCGUCAUGAACUACUACAACUACAGACGGAAGGACGCGGCGCGGCGCGCUCAGGAGAACGACACUGAGCUAGCUGAGAGGAACGCGCAGAAUGAGCUAAUGCACGGAGACACUCGGACUUGUGACCAAACGCAGGAAGGAGAUGGACAAAGCCAGGGCAUGGAUUCUGGGACACCUGGGGUCAGAGCAGAGACUGAAGACAUCCCAAUAUAACACGAUCCAAGGGAUUUAAUGCAGGAUGGAAUGGUAUGAUACAUACAUAGUAUGAUAACCAUAUAGCCCCAUAUGGCAGGUUUAGGUGUUAUAUUAAAUGCCAUGUAUCAGUGCAAGUUACACUGAUUUACAUUUACAUUAUUUGGUUUGGGAAACUGGUAGACUAUUUUUUAAAAAAGGACUUCUUUAGAGGGUCUCUUAGCCUCAUGAAAAAAAAUAAGGAAUUUUUUUUUUUAGAUCCAAUGCCCAUGUGUAAUGUACAAAAUACAUCUUUGUGUAAUGACCUGAAUGUCUGUCAGGUAUUAUUUUAUUAAACUGUGAUUGUACAUUUUACAAUCAAGAAUACUGUAGUUUUUGUACAGUAAUAUGGAUAACUAUAGGACUAACCAGUACAUUAAAACCACAUGUAUAUACAUUUUUUUCUUAACUAAUCAAGCAGAAUUUCACGUGGUUGGGCAUCUGAUAUGCUGGUGUGACUUUCGAUCCAGCAAAUAUAACAUACUAAAUGUAAAGUACACAAUAAAAAUAAAAUACUUCAGUAGUUCGAACCAGGUAUUUCAUUAAAUUAUAGUUUCAGGAUUUUGCAGUUUACUAAAUGUAAAGUUUACAAUUAAGAACUCUUAGUUCUCAAUGUAAUCAGACAAAAGAUCAGCUAUUUACUGAAUUGGACUCUGAAUGUUUUUCAGAAAAUAAGAUGGUAGCAAGUUUUUAGCAAGACGGUAGUAAGACUUCAGCAAGUUUUUCCAAAUAUUACAUUUCAACAACAAGUGUAUAUACACUAUUUUUCUUAACUUUAAGCAGGCAAAAUUUCUGGCAGAGGGGUAUCUGAUACUUAUGAUAUAGAAAAAGUAUUUUGUAAAAAUGUACUAAAUGUAAAGCUUAUCGUAAAAAAAAGAAAUUAGGUAUGUAAUCUGUUAUUUCAUUAAAUUGUACUAAAUCAACUAAACUUUACUUAAUGUAAAGUUUAUAAUCAAAUCAAACUUGCAUUCUGACAAAUAAAAAAAAAUUACUGAACUGCAUUCUGAAUACUAUAUUUUUAGUAUAGACAAUAAGAAGGGCAUUUUUGUUCUCUAGCAGGUUGUCAGUGGUUUGUAAAUUAAAACAGUGUAUUUGCUGUAAAUGUAAAGUUUACAGUAAAAAAAAAAUAUGCAUGCAGUUCAAUGGAGGUUUCAUUCUUAGUUUAUAUCAUAUAUUCUCUUAGAAUUUAGUUUCAGGAUUUUGUACUUUAUUAAAUGUAAAGUUUACAACUCAAAAUAAGUUUUAAAAAAAGUAAAGUAAUCUGAAAAAAGGUCACGUUUUAAUGAAUGAAUAUUUGUGAAUAUUUUUCAGACAAUAAGAAGGAAAACUAUAGGACCUUUUGUCCUCUAGCAGGUUUAUUAAUUUGUGCAUUAAAACAAUAUAUAUGACAGAAUUUCAGGUGCUGGCUGUUCUUCUGGUGUGACUUUUGUACAGUGAACUAAAUGUAAAGUUUACAGUAAAAAAAAAUCACUGAGUCUCCA